AUUUUUAUAAUGAAUAUGGCUAUUGUCGUGGUGCCUGCCUCCCCGAUUCUUUCCGGUCGCGUCUUUCCCCUCCUUUUCCAUGUAUUAUUCAAGUUGCGACCAAAGAGCUUUGCCGGUUGAGACUGAGUGCUUGUUGACGUCAGCAAACUUACUGAGCAGCUGUAGAGGCGAGCGGAGGAGGAGGAGGAGAGGGCGACAGACUGCUGGAUGUGGAGCUCGGACUGUGGAGCGCAGCGGACCGGGAGCUUUUUUUUUUUUUUCCUACGGGGACUGCUUGGACUUCUUCUUUGCUCCGGUAAGAUGCAGCACUAAUGAGAAGCCAUCAGCCUGUAGAUGAGUGAGGCACAGCGAAGAAACUUGAACAUCAACAGUCCACACUAACAGUGGAAUAUUGGCAGAUACACAGAAGGGACCUCGCAGACGCUACAUUUUCCACUAUGAACCGCGCCUUCAACAGGAAAAAAGAUAAAUCAUGGAUGCACACCCCGGAGGCACUGGCCAAGCAUUACAUACCCUACAAUGCCAAGUUCCUUGGAAACACAGAAGUUGAAGCCCCAAAAGGCACAGAAGUUGUUAAGGAUGCAGUCAGAAAGCUAAAGUUUCAGAGGCAUAUCAAGAAGUCAGAGGGGCAGAAGACCCCUAAAGUGGAAUUGCAGAUUUCCAUUUAUGGCGUGAAGAUACUAGAUCCCAAGACAAAAGAUGUGCAGCAUAACUGUCAGUUACACAGAAUAUCCUUCUGUGCAGAUGACAAAACUGAUAAAAGGAUAUUCACUUUUAUCUGCAAAGACUCCGAGUCCAACAAACACCUCUGCUAUGUGUUUGACAGUGAAAAGUGUGCAGAAGAGAUAACUCUAACUAUCGGUCAGGCCUUCGAUUUGGCCUACAAGAAGUUCCUGGAGUCUGGAGGCAAAGAUGUGGAAACCAGGAAACAGAUUGGAACCCUACAGAAAAGAAUUCAAGAACUGGAAACAGAAAACUCUGAGCUAAAGAAACAACUUCAAGACCUUGAAGAACAGCUGAUGAUAGCACAUGUGCCACCACCGCUGCACAUUAACGCAGCUAAUGAAGCGUACAUGCUGCAGAGGCCUUCCUCUCUCUUCUGGUGUCACAGCAUCAAGUCGCUCUCCUGUCUGGAGAUCUCCUCUGUCACACUCACUCCUAUGAGCUCGCCGGAAUCCAACCUGUCAGCCGGGCUACUAACUCCUCCGCCUGCCAAACCCGCUCUCCUUCCUCCUAAGCCAACCGAGGGAUGCAGCAUCCCGCGGCCUCGCGCAGGAAGUAUCUCCAUGAAACCACAGUCUACAGACAUUUUCGACAUGGUUCCUUUCUCCCCUGUGACACCGCUGAUGCCCACACUGACCAGCAAUGGCUGCCCACCACCACCACCAACCACAUUGCCACCAGAUAUAAGGAAAGACCUGUUUGGUGCUGAGCCAUUUGAUCCAUUCACCUGCGGGGCAGCUGACUUCCCUCCAGAUAUUCAGUCAAAGCUGGAUGAGAUGCAGGAGGGGUUCAAAAUGGGACUAACCUUAGAGGGCACCGUCUUCUCUCUGGACCCACUAGACAGCCGCUGCUGAUGCCAAGAAGAUGCUCUUUGUCGCGUACUUUUAACUCGUUUGUAUGAAGAAGUGCCAAAAUCCACUCCACAGAUGAGUCGAGAUGUCACACUUUUCAUCUUGAGGUUUAUAUGCAUUUGCAUUUAGAUUGGUUUUUUCGAUAUUUCAAGGUAAACUCAGAUCCAUUAUAGAAAAGAACUAUUUUUGUAAAAAAAAAAACUUAUGGAAGGAGUAGUUUUGAGUACCUUUGCUUGCACAGGCAAUGAGAGAUGUAAAUAGUCGAAAAAUGUCCAAUGGUACACUCAGUGGCAGAAUUUUCCUAUGAGACAGUUUGUGUGUAUGCACCAUUUGAAUUCUGUAUUGUUAACACAUUCCUGUUUGUAUGCCAAACACAAGCCGGCAAGAAAAUAAAUGAAACCUGUAUCAUUAACAUGAACUUACAGCAGCCUGCCCAUAACAGCACAUAUUUUACUCAACAGUAAUUCGCACGUUAUGUUGUUAAUUAAUCCAAUCUGACAUUUUUUUUUUUUUUUUUUUGGCUUACUGAUCUUCCUACCUGUUGUUUUUGGUAUUGAAUUGUGUUUUGUUUUUUUUGUUUUGCAUUUCACAAAUUUGACUUGCCAUCUCAGUAUUUACUUGUCAUAUUUUUACUUUUAUCAUUUUAGUCUCCUCUUCUCUUGCACCAGAAGGCACUUUUUUGGGGGGGGGACCUCUGUUCAUACACAGUAAUAUUCCCAUUAUUUUACUUUUAGUUGCAUUGACUUUGCUGUUACAGUUAUUAAAGAAAAAUGUUACUGCAAAAAAUGUUACUACUCCUUCAUUUAUUGCUAACUAUGAUCUAUGAGUUUCCUGUUAAAAAUGUUUCGUCUUCUGUUAAAAAAGUUUUUUUGUAGUUUGUGAUUUGAUGUGUCGAUGCAGUUUGAGGAGUAGGUCACUCUGACUUCAUCAAUCCAUGUUCAUUCUGUGGUUUUGACAUCACAUUUUCUUACCUUUUGUUUGAGUUUCAUGCUGCACAAAGGCUGAAAAUAUUCCGCUAUGAUAAAAAAAAAGUUUUAUCAAGGACCAAAUGAACUCAUCUCAACAAAGAACAGGCAGAAAGAAGUAUUUUCAACGUUUAUUUCAAAGGAUGAAAUUCAUCUGCUUCCAGUGUGGAAAGCCUCCUCCUCCUCCUCAUUUCUUCUUCUCCUCUCUGCUUCUAGAGUGUUAUCAGGCAGUCACGCCUCACAAAAGUUACAAAUCUAUAAUAAAUAUACUCAAAUAAGAACCAAAUGGUCACAAUAGCAUUACUUGAAGGCACAUUCAACAGCUCAAGUUAAAAAACAACUGUGAAAAUAUUUUAAAGUACAUAAAUGUUUUUUUUUGUUUGUUUUGCUUUUUUUUUUUAAUCUACACAUUACAGUAUGUAAAAUUAGAUUUUGUGUGCAAAAAGACAAACUGAAAGGAAAUGACCUAGCUAUACCUGAAUUAAUAGGACAGGAGCUUGGGGGAUUAACAGGCAUUUGGUUUAAUUUGUUGCAUAGCAAGAGAUACAAAGCAAACAGGCACUCACAGCCACCGUAUUCUAUAAAAAAUGUUA